AUGUUAUUUUCUCAGUUAUCCAUUGUCAUUGAGUUGGUAGAAAUUAUGAAUCACUCCAACAUCACAUUCAUAUCGGCGGCGUUUCACGGCGUGACGUCAACACCGUAUGCUACGCCUCAAUAUGAAGAGAUCCAAUCAGAUGACGCCACAUGGAUUCUGACGUCAGCGUUUAUCAUUUUUACCAUGCAGUCGGGGUUUGGUCUCCUCGAAGCAGGUAUGGUAUCCAAGAAAAACGAAACGAACAUCAUGGUAAAAAACGCAGUAGACGUCAUCUACGGUGGCCUCGCCUAUUGGUUGUUUGGAUUCGGUAUUAGUUUUGACAGGGAUAAUGGAACGACAGCUUUCAAUGGCUGUGGUAAAUUUUUUACCGACGCAGGUGAAGACGAAAUGGGCCACGUGUUCGCCAAGUAUUUCUUUCAUCUGUCAUUUUCAACAACUGCGACCACGAUCGUCUCGGGAGCGAUGGCAGAGCGCGUCGAGCUUAAAGCCUACAUUUUGUUCUCGUUCAUCAACACACUCACGUAUUCUUUACCCGCGCACUGGAUGUGGGAGCCGAAAGGUUGGCUUUACAAGCUCGACGCCGUAGAUGUGGCAGGUUGCAGUCCAGUACAUAUAGUCGGCGGCUUUAGUGGCUUGGUAGCCACGCCCUACCUCAAGCCUCGCUUGGGAAAGUUUGAUGAGAAUAAUCGCCCCAGGCCUAACAUGAUGGCCUCUCCGACCAAUGUUAUGCUUGGGAUGUUUAUGCUGUGGUGGGGGUGGCCUGGAUUCAACUGUGGAAGCAAGCGCGUUUGGGAUCACGGGAGGAAAAAGUGGAAGCUUGCAUCCAGAAUAAUAGCAUAUAAGAACAAGCUUCUAACUGAUGUUUUUGUGACUGGCAUUAUUUCUGGACUCGUAAGCAUAACAGCCAUUUGUCCUGUCGUAACUCCUUGGGAGAGUGUGCUAAUCGGCUUCAUUGGGGGCGCAGUUGGCUGUUUUGGCAACAUCCUCCUCGAACGCAUGCGCAUUGAUGAUCCAGUACGCUGUAUUUCAACACACGGUAUCACUGGCCGAUGGGGGAUAAUAGUGGUAGGUCUUGUUGUCGAGCGGAACCCGUUGAUGUCCAAACACUAUGGUGUUUUCGAGGGGGGUAGUUGGAAAUUCCUGGGUGUUCAAGCACUCACUGCUGUCACCAUUGUAACGUGGACUGUAAUUACCACAUUCCUGGAACUUUUUGCUAUUAAUAAGUUGACCUGUCUGCGCAUGUCAGGUGAGAAGGAGCUCGAUGGUGCCGACAAAUGGGAACAUGGGAUCGUUGCAAAUGAAGGUGAUGAUUUCUCGUGUCUGACAUUUGAAAGAGGCACACUUUUCUCUGAAGAGGAUACCACGCGAUUUCCCAAUUCUUCUUCUCAACACAAUAGCAUUCAAUGUCAAGAAUUGGUGGUCUAA